AUGAGUUCACACGCAAGCACAAUCGAUGUAACAGAACUUACAAUCCCCACAUUCCACGCCGCACUGCGCGAGGGGCGCACAACCAUCACCGCCGUAGUUGGCGCAUAUCUAUCCCGCAUCGCCCAGCACGACCCAACAAUAAAAAGCCUUAUAGCAAUCAACCCGAACGCCCUAACCGAAGCCGCCGAAAAGGAUGCCGAGACUGAUCGUCUCCUCCAGCGCAAUGCGGGCAGUACUAGCACUACUGCUAGACUCCCUGCCCUCCACGGCGUCCCAGUCCUCCUGAAAGACAACUACACAACCCACGACCUCCCCACAAGCGGCGGCGCAAAAGCCCUAGCCACAUUAACCAGCAAGAGGGAUAGCAAUGUGGUACGAAAGCUCCGGCAAAGCGGCGCUAUAAUCCUGGCCAAGGCCAAUCUCCAUGAAUUCGCCCUCCACGGAACAACAACAUCCUCGCUCGGUGGGCAGACCCUCAAUCCCUACGAUAUCACCCGAACACCGGGCGGAUCAUCUGGCGGUACGGGAGCUGGAUUGGCGCUGAACUUAGGCAUGGUGGGAUGUGGGACUGAUACGGUUAAUUCGUUACGUUCGCCUGCGUCGGCGUGCUCGAUUGUUGGGUUUCGGCCGUCGGUUGGUAGGGUUGAUGCAGAGGGGAUUGUGCCGGUUUCUGAGACGCAGGAUGUUGCGGGUCCAAUGGGGAGGUGUGUGGGUGAUGUGCGUGUCUUGUUUGAUGUGAUGAAGGGGGAUUCACUUUCGCAGGCAAGUGAGACUGAGAGUAAGAGUGUGUUUCGAAUUGGGAUUUUGGAGGAAUAUUUCCAUCUGGAGACGCCGCCGUCAUCAUCCUCCAGCGAUGCAAACUUGGAAUUGGAGCCAGAACUCGUCGCCGAAAAUGCUAUCGUGCAAGAUGUUACUCGGAAAGCUUUAUCUCUGAUCUCCUCGGCGCAAGACCCAUCAAAUACCAAUGUCAACCUCGAUAUCAGCAUCACCCUUGUCCCUAUCCCAGCCAGCAACCAUAAUGAUGUUGACUGGAGCGCAUCCCACCUCCUCAGCAACGGAGACACGCAAGCCUUUGAAUUCAGAGAAUAUCUAAACGAGUUCCUUCAAUCGGAUCAAAUCUCAUCCCCGCACACCUCCCUCGAAAGCAUCGCUUCAAGCGGAGAGUACGAUCAAAAGGCCGUGACAGAUGUAUUCACCCUCCCACUCAGCGACAAACACAGAUAUUCGCGCCAAAGCUCAGAAUACCAAACUCGACUCACCCUCAUCGAAUCAUUAAAGAAUUCUGUCCGAGAAAUCUUCACCAAACACGACGUCGACGCCCUUGUAUACCCACACCAGCGCCACUUUCCUAUAAAAAUCGGGCCGACGAUUCAGCCAGCCAGGAAUGGGAUCCUUGCUGCUCUGACGGGUAGGCCUGCUGUUUGUAUUCCAGCUGGAUUCAGUCCUGCUACACCCGAUGCCCCCCAGGGUGUACCGAUUGGAUUGGAGUUGAUGGGGCGAGAUGGCGGAGAUGAGGUGUUGUUGGAGCUGGCUGAAUUUAUCGAGGGCAUUCUCUCGGCGAGAAAGAUUCCGCAUUUUAAUAAUACAGGUGGGAGUCCUUCAAGAUAA